UUUCUUUAAACUUGAACUUUUGGAACCUGUGAUUCCAAAGACCAUCCUACCUGUGGCUUAUUAUAUAUAAAGCAGAUACAGUGAAUGUAUUUGCAAGAAGGAUGAGAAUAUACUUGUUGAUUGUGCUGGGGUCUGUUUUCCCAGAUUCCUUCAGUAAAGGCCAAGAGCUGAAGGUGGAUGUGGACUUCCGUGGAGAUGAUGUUCUGCAGAUUUACUCCCCAGAUGCCCAGCACUGUCAGCUCGCCUGCACACAGCACCAUUCCUGUUUAUUCUUCACAUUUAUCCGAGCUGAUUGGAGCAAAGACAACAGGAAAUUCUACUGCUACCUGAAGCACACAGCCACCGGAUUCCCGUCUCAGGUUGCAGACCUGAAGGGUGUGACCUCAGGCUUCAAACUCAAGCAUCAGGACUACAAAACACAUGCCUGUCUGUCAUCUACAUAUCAAGAUGUAGAUUUCACAGGAUCAGACUAUCUCCAGCUGACCUUAAAUACUUCUGAUGACUGCCAGAAGCAAUGCACCCGUGAUCCAGACUGCAAAUUUUUUUCAUUCACAACAGAGACCUUCCCAGAUGCAGAAACAAGGAAAAAAUGCUUUCUAAAAUUCGGCUGGAACGUUCCAAUACCAUCAGUCCUCAUAAAAACACCUGGUCUUGUGUCAGGUUUUUCAGAUUCAUUGUAUAAUUCUAAAGAAGAAUGUAAGGAGGAGAUCUUUGCCAACACACACUACAGAGGAAAUGACUUUGAGAAUGUUCCUGCUGCCUCACCUCAACACUGUCAGUUCCUGUGUAGCAGACAUCCCCACUGCACCCAUUUCACAUACACAACUUCAAAAUAUUCUACUGAGCCCGACAUCAAUAUGCAUUGCUUCCUGAAGCAUACGCAGAAUAUAAACCAGCUCGUGUCAGUUACAGAAGAAGAACUUUUUUCUGGAUUUCCAACACGAAAUUGCAAGCCCUCAAAUGUUUGGGCAACAACACGCUAUGAAGGCCUCGAUUUCUUGGGCCAUGAUUACCGUGAUUUUAAAACGGACACAUCUGAGAUCUGUCGAGAAAUGUGCACAAAAGACCCAGAUUGCCAUUUUUACACUUAUGCCCUACCAACUUACCAUGAUGAGGGCAUCAGGAAAAAAUGCUUUCUAAAAUUCCGCUGGACUGUUCCAAUACCAUCAGUCCUCAAAAAAACACCUGGUCUUGUGUCAGGUUUUUCAGCUUCAUUGCAAAAGACUAAUGGAUUUAAAGAAAAAUGUAAGGAGGAGAUCUUUGCCAACAUACACUACAGAGGAAAUGACUUUGAGAAUGUUCCUGCUGCCUCACCUGAACACUGUCAGUUCCUGUGUAGCACACAUCCCCGCUGCACCCAUUUCACAUACACAACUUUCAGUUAUUCCAGUGAUCCGAACAUCAAUAUGCAUUGCUUCCUGAAGCAUACGCAGAAUGUAAACCAGCUCGUGCCAUUUACAGAAGGAGAACUUUUUUCUGGAUUUCCAACACGAAAUUGCAAGCCCUCAAAUGUUUGGGCAACAACACGCUAUGAAGGCCUUCAUUUCUUGGGCCAUGAUUACCGUGAUUUUAAAACGGACACAUCUGAGAUUUGUCAAGAAAUGUGUACAAAAGAUCCAGAUUGCCAUUUUUACACUUAUGCCCUACCAACUUACCAUGAUGAGAGUAUCAGGAAAAGAUGCUUUCUAAAAUUCCGCUGGAACGUUCCAAUACCAUCAGUCCUCAAAAAAACAUCUGGUCUUGUGUCAGGUUUUUCAGAUUCAUUGUAUAAGACUAAAGAAGAAUGUAAGGAGGAGAUCUUUGCCAACAUACACUACAGAGGAAAUGACUUUGAGAAUGUUCCUGCUGCCUCACCUCAACACUGUCAGUUCCUGUGUAGCAGACAUCCCCACUGCACCCAUUUCACAUACACAACUUCAAAAUAUUCUACUAAGCCUGAGAUCAAUAUGCAUUGCUUCCUGAAGCAUACGCAGAAUAUAAAUCAGCUCGUGUCAGUUACAGAAGAAGAACUUUUUUCUGGAUUUCCAACACGAAAUUGCAAGCCCUCAAAUGUUUGGGCAACAACACGCUAUGAAGGCCUCCACUUCUUGGGCCAUGAUUACCGUGAUUUUAAAACGGACACAUCCGAGAUCUGUCGAGAAAUGUGCACAAAAGACCCAGAUUGCCAAUUUUACAGUUAUGUCCUACCCUCUUACCGUGAUGAGGGCAUCAGGAAAAAAUGCUUUCUAAAAUUCCGCUGGAAUGUUCCAAUACCAUCAGUCCUCAAAAAAACACCUGGUCUUGUGUCAGGUUUUCCAGAUUCAUUGCAAAAGACUAAUGGAUUUAAAGAAAAAUGUAAGGAGGAGAUCUUUGCCAACAUACACUACAGAGGAAAUGACUUUGAGAAUGUUCCUGCUGCCUCACCUGAACACUGUCAGUUCCUGUGUAGCAGACAUCCCCACUGCACCCAUUUCACAUACACAACUUCAAAAUAUUCUACUAAGCCUGAGAUCAAUAUGCAUUGCUUCCUGAAGCAUACGCAGAAUGUAAACCAGCUCGUGCCAGUUACAGAAGAAGAACUUUUUUCUGGAUUUCCAACACGAAAUUGCAAGCCCUCAAAUGUUUGGGCAACAACACGCUAUGAAGGCCUCGACUUCUUGGGCUAUGAUUACCGUGAUUUUAAAACGGACACAUCUGAGAUUUGUCGAGAAAUGUGUACAAAAGAUCCAGAUUGCCAAUUUUACACUUAUGCCCUACCAACUUACCAUGAUGAGAGUAACAGGAAAAGAUGCUUUCUAAAAUUCCGCUGGAACGUUCCAAUACCAUCAGUCCUCAUAAAAACACCUGGUCUUGUGUCAGGUUUUCCAGAUUCAUUGUAUAAGACUAAAGAAGAAGAAUGUAAGGAGGAGAUCUUUGCCAACACACACUACAGAGGAAAUGACUUUGAGAAUGUUCCUGCUGCCUCACCUCAACACUGUCAGUUCCUGUGUAGCAGACAUCCCCACUGCACCCAUUUCACAUACACAACUUUCAGUUAUUCCAGUGAUCCGAAGAUCAAUAUGCAUUGCUUCCUGAAGUAUACUCAAGACGUAAGCCAGCUAGUGCCAGCUAGAGAAGAAGAACUUUUUUCUGGAUUUCCAACACGACAUUGCAAGCCCUCAAAUGUUUGGGCAACAACACCCUACCAGGGCCUCCACUUCUUGGGCUAUGAUUACCGUGAUUUUAAAACGGACACGUCUGAGAUCUGCAAAGAAAUGUGCACAAAAGACCCAGAUUGCCAUUUUUACACUUAUGUCCUACCAACUUACCAUGAUGAGAGUAUCAGACAUGGAUGUUACCUGAAGCAAGUCAUGACUCUACCCAGACCUGAAAAGGUGGUGUACAGGCUUGGAUCAAAAGCCCAGAGAGUGGAGCUGGACCAAACACCAACAUUUGGUUCUGGAGUGAUACAUUUUGGGGUCUUCAAGUCUCCAGAUCUACAAGCAGACCCACGUUCCAUGCACUCUAACUAUUUGGACGGUUCUUUCAGUAAAGGCCAAGAGCUGAAGGUGGAUGUGGACUUCCGUGGAGAUGAUGUUCUGCAGAUUUACUCCCCAGAUGCCCAGCACUGUCAGCUCGCCUGCACACAGCACCAUUCCUGUUUAUUCUUCACAUUUAUCCAAGCUGAUUGGAGCAAAGACAACAGGAAAUUCUACUGCUACCUGAAGCACACAGCCUCCGGACUUCCAUCUCAGGUUCUAGACUUGAAGGGUGUGACCUCAGGCUUCUCGCUCAGCUCAGAGUAUAAAAAAGAUGCCUGUCUGCCAUCUAUAUAUCAGGAUGUAGAUUUCACAGGAUCAGACUAUCUCCAGUUGACCUUAAAUACUUCUGAUGACUGCCAGAAGCAAUGCACCAGUGAUCCAGACUGCAAGUUUUUUUCAUUCACAACAGAGACCUUUCCAGAUGCAAAGACAAGGAAACAAUGCUUUUUAAAGUACAGUUGGACUGUUCCAAUACCACCAGAAAUCCAUCACACACCUGGUUUUACAACAGGCUUUUCAGAUUCAUUGUAUGCUAAGGCUGAGGGAACUGAAAAAGAAUGUAAUGAGGAGUUCCUUGCCAACACAGACUACCUGGGAAAUGACUUUGAGGACAUCCGUGCUGCUUCACCUCAACACUGUCAUUUUCUGUGUAGCACGCAUCCCCGCUGCACCCAUUUUUCAUAUACAACUUCAAAACAUACUACAAGUAAUACCUGGUACAAUAUGCGUUGCUACCUGAAGUAUAAGCAAGAUGUAACCCAGCUGGUGCCUGCUAGAGUACAAGAUAUUUAUUCUGGAUUUCCAGCACGAAACUGCAAGCUGUCAAAUGUUUGGGCAACAACACGCUAUGAAAGUUUUGACUUCUUUGGCUAUGAUAACCGUUAUGUUCUAACGAACACAUCAGAAACCUGUAGAGAAAUGUGCACAGCAGACCCAUACUGCCAAUUUUACACUUAUGUCCUAUCAUCUUUCCAUGAUAAGAGCAUCAGGCAUAGAUGCUACAUGAAGCAGGUCAUGAUUUUGCCCAGUCCUAAAAAGGUGGUGUAUAUGCAUGGUGUGGUAUCUGGCUUCUCUCUGAGGAACUGUAUUACUGGUGAAGAUGAAUCUACUGCCCACCUUGGAACUGCAGACUGUGGAAAGUCUGGUGAUGUGAAGUCUAGGAUUUUUGGAGGUUCUGAUGCCUCAACAGGUGACUGGCCCUGGCAGGUUAGCCUGCAAAGGGGAAAAAAACACAUCUGUGGUGGUUCCAUCAUUGCCAAUAGAUGGAUUCUGACUGCAGCACACUGUCUAUCUCAGCCAUACACACAGUUUUCUGUUCGGGCUGGACUAACUAAGCUAUCAGAAGGUGGUACAGAGUAUGGUCUGGAAAACUUCAUUAUACAUCCUAACUACAAUAAAAACAGUGCACAAAAUGAUGUUGCCCUGAUAAAAAUCAAGAAACCAAUCACAUUCAAUAAUAUUGUAGGGCCAGUCUGUCUGAUGAAAGCAGGAAAGGAAGCCACAUUUCUUGGAAAAAAAUGCACAGUGACUGGAUGGGGAAGGCUUAGUUCAGACUCAUACCCAGAUAUACUGCAGAAAGCCCAGGUUCCUCUCAUGAGUCCAGAGGUGUGCGCAAAAAUGCUGUCCGAAGAUGUGACGCCUUAUAAAGUUUUUCCCUCUAAUUUGUGUGCAGGGUAUCCUGAGGGUGUCAUAGACACCUGUGAAGGGGAUUCUGGAGGUCCACUGGUGUGUGAAGAUGAGAACACCUGGUAUCUAACAGGAAUAACCAGCUGGGGAGUGAGCUGUGCAAGGCCAAACAAACCUGGAGUGUACACCCGUGUUUCCUACUAUAUACCCUGGAUUAGGAAUGUGAUAGCAAAUGCUUAGGCACUGGGAAGCUCAUAUAACUGGAAGGUCCUAAACAAUUGGAAAAUAUGGUCCCUUGAUGAAGAGGCAGGUCAUCCAUCUUCACCACGGAACAACAGACUGCUGUCUGGCAAAUAGAUGCAUCGUUACAUUUCUAGCCUGACCUUCAUCAGAAUAAAAAUCUGACAUGGACACCUUUGA